CAGAAAUCAUAAAAGAAAAUGAAUUAUCGUUGAACUGCUAAACGCGGGAAUGUUUGAAUCUAACCUGAAACAAAAAUUGUUAUGGACGCAAUUAAAGAAAUUUUGGGAACAAAAAAUUAUGAAAAGCUUCUGGAAGCAAACAUAAAUUCAUUGCCCCUAAUUGUGUCUAGAGAACUCAAAGAGCUGGAGGAAAUUACCGAGAGCACUGGGGAAAUCGCAAAACAGAUUCAAAGAGUAGCAGCAGAACAUAUGUUAAAAAACAAAAUGUGUACCGCGCUUCAACUUCAGGAAUUGGAAAUGAUUAGUAGUGGUUGCAGUCAAAUAGAUACAUUAUUGAAAGGAGGGUUUCCGGUUAAUGGUAUCAUAGAAAUAGUAGGGUCAAGUGGAGUCGGAAAAACACAACUGUGUAUGCAGUUAGCUCUGCAAGUGCAGUUACCAAAAAACUUGGGUGGUUUGAAAAAAGAUGCAGUUUAUAUUUGCACCGAAGAUUCAUUUCCGUCGAAGCGUUUUAAUUCUCUCUCAACCUGCUACAAAACGAAAUAUCUGAGCAAUUGGAACUUUCUAGAUCAAGUUUACCUAAGCCACGUCUUAGACAUUUCCACCUUUAAAAAAUGUAUCUUGGUUGAGCUCCAAUACUUCCUUAGGCCAAGAAAUGUUGGACUUAUAAUAAUUGAUUCCAUAGCGGGAGUAUUUAGAAGUGAAAAUGAUUCUGCAGAUUUUGUUUCAAGGAGCAAGUUACUGAUAAGGAUUGGUACAACACUUAAUAAAAUCCAAGAUGAAUUUAACUGUGCUAUUUUCGUGGUGAAUCAGGUUGUUGAUGCAGAUAGUAGCCUUGAACCUUGUUUAGGAUUGGCUUGGGCCAAUAAUUUAACUUAUCGUUUCACUUUGUCCCGAGCAGAUCUGCACAAUAUUCCUAGAAAAUUCGAAUGCACAUUUGCACCAGAUAUUCCUAAUGGACAUGUGUAUUUUAAGAUUACUUGUAAUGGAAUACAAGAUCUUUAGUCUAGUGAACAAUAUAUAUGUGAUUUAAUCUUU